CCACCAAACCCAUUUAUAUAAAUUCCCACACCCCGCUCCUCUCUUUAUGCUAAAAACUCCAUCCCAAGCUUUCCUCUUCCCUUCGCUCCAGCCUUCAGUGAAGUCCCAGGCUUCCCUCUCUAAUGCCCAAAUAAAGCUGCAUUGAAGUCCCAAGAAGUCGUUCAGCAAUCCAAAUCCAUGGACGUCGACAACUGGGAUCUACAGGCAGUAGUAAGGGGAUGCUGUUUGACAAGACCAUCAACAGAUCCCUUCUCUUCCUUCCCCCCUCUUGUCCUAAAGGAGGAGCAGGUAGAUGGAGGAAAGGACAUUCUUUUUGACUUUCCAGACAUCAUGGACACAGAAACCUCUUUCCAUGAGUUGGAGGAGCUCUGCAAGCCCUUCUUCCUCAAACCCCAUCAGCAACCAUUACGGCAGCAACCAUCCCUGCUCUCCCCCCAGCUUAGUAGUCCUUCCCAACAACAGCCGAGGCUGCCUCAACGGCCAGUAACUGACACCCCUCGUUCCAAAAAAAGAAACAGGAAGAACCAGCAGAAGAGGGUGGUUUGCCAUGUCCCCGCCGACGGCCUCCCUUGUGACCUGUGGGCUUGGCGUAAAUACGGCCAGAAACCUAUAAAAGGCUCUCCCUAUCCCCGGGGAUAUUACAGGUGCAGCAGCUCGAAAGGGUGCUUGGCGAGGAAGCAGGUCGAGAAGAGCCAGAGUGACCCGGCGAUGCUCGUCGUUACCUACACAGCCGAGCACAACCACCCCCUCCCUACCCACCGCAACUCCCUCGCCGGCUGCACCCGCCAGAAGCUGCCCCCUCCCUCGUCGCUUGUCUCCACCUCUCCGUCCGCCUCCGUUAGCGACCGGAUGACACCCUCCAUCCCCGCGUCGUCGUCCGUGAAGGACGAGCUCCUCCGGCAGUGGAAGGACAUGGAGGAGGAGGAGGAGGAGGAAGUGGAGGAGAUGUUGACGGUGGGAGACAUCGAGAUGGCGCGAGAGGAGGACGUGGUCUUCUUGGGGGUGGAGGGGCUGGUGGAGGGCACGGACGUCGGCGCCGCCAAGUUGCCGGCCCUCUCGGGCUUCUACGCCGACGGAGGUGGCCUCGCGGAGUAUUUCUUCGCCACCUGGCUGGCCUCCAACAACGCAGCAGCCGCAGCUGGUGGGAGUUGACAUAUGCUGAGAGUUAGAAAGGGCUGAAACUAGAGCAUCUGAGCCGUCCAUUUCUGUUUGGUGUACUUAAUAGCCGGUCCUUUCAUUGGCCGGAUUAUAACUUUUGGUCCUGUUUGAAACUUCCACUAGCAUCCUAAAUUCUAAAAUUUCUUUAAUUUCGAAUUCCUAGCGGCUGUGCCUACUUUUUCUUUAAGUAUGUAUACCCGUCCAAGGAUAACAUAACUAAAGAGUAUAACUGUGCGGAAAAAUAAAAAAAAAAAUAUGCAAAAAAAAUAUAAAUGUGUGCGAGAGUAAAAAUUAAAUGAUAAUA